CUCUCUCUCUCUCUCUCUCUCUCUCUCCCUUCCAUGAUUUCUUCUUGGUUAAAACCUCAAUUUGUCCCUCAUCUUUGGUACUGAUCCCCUAUUAAUCCAUUUUGGUCAAGAUACGUCAAAAAAUUUAAACGCGUAAGAUUUACGGGGAUGCCAUGGAAAAAAACUAUUCAACCUUUCCGGGUCAGCAUCACCAAGGAACAGAGGCAUCGCCUUCGCCAAGGGUUCCACCUGGAGAAUUGUAUACCAAUGUGCCUUACUACUGAGAGCGAUCAAUUGAAUUAUGGAUGGGUGUGUCAUUCAGGUGUAUGACAGCUUAUUGGACGCAGAUGCCUUUUGUGGUUCUCGUGAUUGCGUGAUUGCAGACUAUAUAAAAUCUGGCUUGGUGAAUAUGUUAGCUGUGCUUUUACAGCUACUUCUGUUGAUCUGCUCCUUUAAGAUGUGGUUCAUUUCUGAGUGCUAGUUGUUACAACUGCUGAUCUAGGCUAGUCUUUGUAUCUUUCUUGGGAAACAGUUUUCCGGUUUGAAUUUAAUUUGUACUAGUAGUUUUGAUCACAUAAUUAGCAAGUGAAAUGCUUUAGCUAUUUUGCUCAUGUGUAUAGUUGUUGUAUUUGCUUACUUUCUUGAUCUUGUUAUUCAUACUGAGCCUGCUAAAUAAUGACCUCUAAAGCUAACUAUGGACAAUAUCUCUAUCUUUUGGUAUGAAGUUUAUGUGCGUGUGUUAUGUUUUUAUAUUUCUUUAUUUUGUCAUAAGUUUAGAGCACAAUUGCUGCAAAAGAAACUGUCAAGGAAAACUGCAACUUUUCUCUUUAAAGUAAAUGAUGCUUGGAUCUUGUUCUGCACCCAGUUGAAGAAAGCUUCUGUUUGAAAUAGUGCUCUCAAAAAAAUUUAACAGCGUAUUGCCAUAUCUGGUUCUGGAUUUUUGUUUUAAGUUGUCAUCCCUAUAUGGUUUCAGGUUUUCUGCAUUAAUAUGGUUGCGCCAUUCUUUAGCAACAAGAUACCCAUGUUAGCAUUGUUUUUUAGUCUUUCAAUAGAGAAUUGCUUGUUUAUUUUUAUGUUUGUGGAUGGCAUUGUUGGUCGAAUCUUAUGGUUUACAUGCACAAUGGACUUUUGGAUUUGUUCUACUGAGUUUGGGGCCUUUAUGGGUUCAGCACAAGAUUGGUUGAGAGGCUAGAAUUAUGCUUUCCCUUCCUUUUGGCUUUCCCAGCAAGUGAUAACAGGAUCUUUGUAAAUCGUACCAAAUGUUUCUGUCCUGUACAAUGUGCUUCUGGAAAGAACAAUAAUUAACGUGUGCUUGUUUUACUCUUACUGAAUACGACAUUUUGGUUGUAAAUAAUGUGAGUGGUGUCCCUUAAGAAUCAUUGAUGUUAGUGAAAUAAGAUCUCAAUGAAUUGUUUUAUUGGUAUAUGACUUUGCUAAACUUUUGUGAAAUGAUAAAAUUAGACUUUUUUU